AUGAAAUUUACUAAAACGUCAGGAUUAUAUUCAAUUGAUGGCUCUUCAACUUCAUCAGUAUCUGUCAUCGACAAAGCUCAAUCUAGCAUACCAACUAUUCAUAUCCUUUCAUCUCCUGCUCGUCCUGUCAAAUCUACUGGAUCUGCACCGACCUAUACAUCAGUCUCGAUCAAACGUCUCUUAACACACGAGAAAACCCGUUAUCGUGUCGAAUGUAACCCCAGCAAACGAGCCACAGCCCCGUGCUGGAAAGUUUUCGGAUUUCCUGCCAUGUUAUCAAAUGAAAGUGAAAAUCAAUUCGAAAUCAUUCCUGGAUUUGCUUCAUGUAGAAGCUGCUUCGAAACAUACCGUUAUAUUGACUCAAGUACCGCGAAUCUCAAUUCGCACGUUUGUCCGCGCAUAGUACAUCCAAAUCAACAAACACUCACCAUGAAAUCUCAAACUCCUAGAUCAACGGCAAUGUGCAAGUUAUUGGCUCAAAGAAAAAAGGAAAUGACAAAUCUUUGUGCUCGAUGGGUUGCCGAUUCAAUGAGACCUUUUUCAAUUGUUGGUGAUUAUGGAUUGAAAGAGAUCAUUGAUAAAUCUGUUGAAAUAGGACGCAACCUUCGCUCUAUUGAUACAAAUUUUUCUGUCGACGAUAUUUUACGAUGUGAUCGAACGGUCAAAAAUGAAGUCGAUCGCACAGAUCGAGUAGAACGGGAACGUUUGAAGGGAGAGCUUGUAGGUGCGGCACAAAGUCGAUGUUUAUCAAUUAGUCCGGAUAUUUGGACAGAUAAUCACCGAAAAAUCUCAUAUUUGGGAGCUACAGCGAAUUAUGUCGAUGAUAAAUAUGUCUAUCAUUCGAUAGACAUUUUCUGUUCUGAAUUCACACAUCUGAAAAAGACUGCGAAGCAUGUAACUGAGAUGCUUGAAAAACAAUUGUCCGUAUUCAAUCUACAUGAAGUGAUGGAUAAAAUUACUUUUGUAUCAGAUAGAGGUUCCAAUUUUGUUAGUGCAUUACGUAAUUACAAUGUCUUGUACUGUGUAGCGCAUCGUUUGAAUAAUAUAUUGAAACGAACGUUCUAUCAAGGGUUGAAAAAGAAGAAAAAGAAUAUGACACCAAUGAAAUCAUUUACGUUUUCGACAAAUAUAACACAGAAGGAAGGAGUUGAAGACGACAACGAUGGAGAUUCCGAAGAUUCAAGCGAUGAAGACGAUGACGAUUCGGUAGAUUACACAGUUGAAACAAUUGCUCAACUUAAUCCUACUGCCAAACAAGUGUUAAAUACAAUUACUCAUUGCAAAUCAUUGGUAAAAUAUGCGAAAAAGGCCAAUCUCAACAGACAGCUGCAGAUGGAACGUGAGAAUCAAUUGACGGCAGUCGAAGAUGACGAUGAAGAAUCAGAGUCUACCGCGAGUUCAAAUAAACAAAAUUUUGCCACAACUCUUCAUCAAUCGUCUAUCAGUAUUAAAAAUGCUUACGCUAGUUUACUUGUUGUUUUACGAAGAGCCAAUCAAUCGCAUCGUAUUCAUAAUAUUAAUAUGGAUAUUGUCGAAAAGCUGAUUGUGUUUCUUGACGCAUGGCAUGAUGUGUUGUGUGAGCUUCAAACGGGCAAUUCACCAUCUCUCUUUCUUGUUUUACCUUGCAUUACCCAUCUUCGACAAAAGCUACAAAUUGGCAUGAAACGAGAGAAAGGAGGGAUACGCUUUUUUUACAAACGCGCUUACGAGCUUCUCAACAAUAUGUUUAUCAUUGAAAACGACUAUGUGGUAGCCACAUUCCUGCAUCCAAACUACAGACAAUUGAGAGGUGCCACUCCAACGCAAGUCUCGGAUUGUUUUCAAACAUGUCGUGCAGCUAUAUUACCGGUCGAUAGAUCAGAAGAUAUGGAAGUUGAUGAAGGCCGUAUGGACAUCGAUAUCUGUAAUGAGCCACGUUCGAAACGAAGAAAAUUACUCAUGACAUCCCUGAUGGACAAGAAUACUAUAAAUAAAAAACGUUCAUCAGACGAGGUAGAUCAAUAUAGUAAACUGCAGUUGGAUAUGGAUUGUGUUUACACUGAUCCGCUCGAUUUCUGGAAACAACCACAAUAUCAUCGCGCAUUUCCCAACUUGGCGCGAUUGGCAAAACAAUACUUUUCGAUUCCAUGUAGUUCUGCAGCAGUAGAGCGUCAAUUUAGCGCGGCAGGACAAAUUGUUAAUCAAAGACGUUCUAAUUUAGAUCCUUCAACGGUGAAUAAUAUUAUUUUUCUUCGAUCGAUAGAGAAAAGAAAGCGCGACACGUAG